UCCAAGUGGCGGCGGCGGCUGCGGUUGCCAGGAGCCCGCGCUGCCGCCGGAGAGACCCGUAAUAUGGCGGGGAGAAGGAGGAGAAGGAGGCGGCGGACCGAGCUGCAAUCUAGCAGAACCGUUUGAGCUGUUUCCUUUCUGACCAGGUCCGUGGCAAGGGAGGAAAGCUCACGGGGUCCUGAGCGGCCAGUGAACAGGACUGGGAAGGUACCCUUUCUUAUGGAGCUUACCUUUUGGAGGAGGAAGACAGAAAUAAACCAAGGAAAUAAACAAGAUAAUUUCAGAUAGUGAAUGAUUGUAGGAAGAUGGAGGAGUAUGAAGAAUUCUGUGAAAAAACUCUUGCCAGAAUCCAAGAAGCAUCACUAUCCACAGAAAGCUUUCUGCCUGCUCAGGUUGAAAGUAUCUCAUUGAUUCGCUUCCAUGGAGUGGCUGUGCUUUCGCCAUUGCUUAAUGCUGAAAAAAGAAAGGAAAUACAACAAGAAAAACAGAAAGCACUUGAGAUAGAAGUAAAAAAGCAGGUUAAUAGGAAGAAAGCUUUACUGACUCGUGUCCAGGAGAUUCUUGAAAAUGUCCAGGUCAGAAAAGCAUGUAAAGCCAGUGAUUUUGAUCAGUGGGAGACCGAAAUAGUUUACUCUAAUUCAGAAGUCAGAAGCUUGAAUGUUCCUGCUACAUUUCCAAAUAGCUUGCCAAGCCCUACUGAACAUUCCACUUUAGUAGAGUCUGAAAACAUGAUGGGGGCUUUGUCCAUAGAUAAUAAGUACCAACAUAUACCUAAUAGGAUAGAGUUAGCUAGAGAUAUGAAAGAAUUUAACUCUCCAAAGCAGUGUGAUAAUUCAAAUAGUUGUCACACUGAAACUGAAACGUCUCCAAAGAUCUCAGCAACACCGCAAGGGACUUUGUUUUCUGAUGGAAUGGUCUCCAUGACUGAAGACCAAGAUCUACCAGUUUUGGCAGAAGUCACCCCAGACCCCUAUAUAAUGAGUCUUCAGAACCUCAUGAAAAAGUCAAAGGAAUGUAUAGAAAGAGAACAGUCUAGAUGCAGUCUAAGAAGCAGUGCAAAAAGGAUUGCCAAUGAGAGUCACUCAGACAAAGAAAAUGAUGCUACUAAAGUGAGCGAGUGUAUGAAGGAAAACGCCCUGUCGAUAGGCAAACCCUGUGGCCCAGUGAUUCCUGACAAACCAAGCCUUAAUAAAUCAAAUGUUCUUCUCCAAGGUGCAUCCUCUCAAGCAAGCAGCACGAAUACAUCUGUUUUAGCUAGGUUUUCUAAAGUAGAUAUUCCUAUACAAACUGACCAUCCCACUGUUCUGGAUUCUGAGGCUGAUCUUAAAGUUAGUCCCACUUUUAUUACUAAAAAUAAUGUGAUCAAAAGUCUUACAGGUUCAUAUGCCAAAUUACCUAGUCCUGAGCCAAGUAUAAGCCCUAAAAUGCAUCGGAGGCGUUCCAGGCCAGCAUCAGUAUGUCAUAUACUUAUAAAUAACCCAAUAAAUGCCUGUGAGUUAAGCCCUAAAGGAAAAGAACAAAUAGUGGACAUAAUUCUUCCAAAUACUGAUGAAAAAACAAGUGCAUCUGAAACUGUGCCAAAGUUACCAAUUGAUUUAACAGGAGUUUGUUCAAGCAAGACUUCUGUCAGCGAAAAUGCUACUGAAGUGAUAGAAGAUAUGGCUGUAGGUAAGUCAAGUCAGAUGUAUCAAUCUUUGGGAAAUCAGUUAGAAAAUAAAGUAACAUGUGGACUUGCUGCUGUGGAAAGUCAGUUACUGUCUGAUGCUAGAGGAGCACAGGAAAUGAAUACUUCUUGUAUUCCAGGGCCCAAAUUACAUGAGCUGUGUGCUACUACCAGUCAGUGUAUAGCAGGUCAAAACUUGGGAACUGUGAGUGGAUUUACGUCAGUCAGUAUGUUAGAGAAAAACUCCUGCAGUUUGCAGAUGGAACUGAAUAAGUCUUAUGAUGUGAAACAUCCAUCUCCUUUACUGAUGCAAAACCAGAACACCAGACAGCAGAUGGAUACACCGAUGGUGUCCUGUGCAAAUGAACAGCUUUUGGAUAACAGCUUUGAAAAAGUGAAGCGGAGACUUGAUCUAGAGAUGGAUAGUUUGCAGAAGGAAAACUAUUCGUAUGUCGUAACCAAUGGAAUAGCUGAAGAGGAGAGGCAGCAUUUGCCAGAGAAAAGAUACCCUAAGGGAUCUUUCUAUAUUCACAAGAAUAAAAUGCUAGAAACCAACACCAGAGAAGGUGAGGAGAUACUAACAAGCAAGAUGUUAGCUUUUGAAGAAAUGCGGAAAAGACUAGAAGAACAGCAUGCCCAGCAAUUGUCACUACUCAUAGCUGAGCAGGAAAGGGAGCAGGAAAGACUGCAAAAGGAAAUAGAAGAACAGGAGAAAAUGUUAAAAGAGAAGGAGGUGAUUACAGCAGAGGUUUCUGAAUUGAACAUUAACAGUACAGUAGAUAUAGAGUGGAGAAAAAUAAGUAACUCUGGUUUGUUGGAAACAGUGCUAUCUCAAGUGGACUCAUUCCGCACUUCAAAUUCACAUAGUUCUGGUUUCACAAAUUCUGGCCUACAAUAUAGCUGUGGUUCUGCAAAUGAAGUACCUUUCUACCUCUGGGCAUCCCCAACUAGUGGCGUGACCAAACUCUCAGUACCCAGGUCUUUUGAAAGGAGCCAACCUAGAUGGUCCCAGGUUUUAAAUUCAGAAGUGCAAGCAAAAUUUAAUAAAAUAACUGCCAUGGCAAAGGGAUUUCUUACUCGUAGGCUUAUGCAGACAGAUAAGCUGAAGCAUCUUCGACAAACUGUAAAAGAUACUAUGGAAUUCAUAAGAAGCUUUCAGUCAGAAGCUCCAUUAAAGAGAGGCAUUGUCUCAGCACAAGAUGCAUCACUUCAGGAGAGAGUGUUGGCACAGUUGCGAGCUGCCUUGUAUGGUAUUCAUGACAUAUUCUUUGUAAUGGAUGCAGCAGAAAGAAUGUCUAUUCUGCAACAUGAUCGAGAAGUUCGCAAAGAGAAAAUGCUCAGGCAAAUGGAUAAAAUGAAAAGUCCACGUGUGGCUCUUUCAGCUGCAACACAGAAGUCUCUCGAUAGGAAGAAGUACAUGAAAGCUGCUGAAAUGGGAAUGCCAAAUAAGAAAUUUCUGGUUAAACAAAGUCCUUCUGAAAUAAGAGUCCUUCAGCCAAACCAAGGACAGAAUACACCUGUGCAUAGGCUACUAAGUAGACAAGGAACCCCUAAGACAUCAGUGAAGGGGGUUGUCCAGAAUAGACAGAAGUCUUCCCAGAGCAGAGUGCCUAACAGAGCGCCUGUCUCAGGUCUGUUCAACCUGAGGGCAGUGAAUCAUCCAGAAAUAUAUGUCUGCACAAAGGGGAUUAACGAUUUCUCCUCUGUCCACAAGCUCACAAGUGAAUAUUUGAGGAGUGUAUACCGAAAAAAUCCAAAGAAAGUGGCCAAGUGUUGCGACAAUUUGAGAAGACAACAUUCAUUAGGAUAAGGAGGAGGACUAUUAUCCAUAUCCCUGCCUAAUAGACUUAUUUAUGUAACUCUGGACUGUUUACCCAGGCAAGGUGACCAAAUCAAAGGGCUGACCAAUUAUCUGCAUAAUUUGGUCAGUCUUGUCAGUUCCUGCCUCUCUCUUAUUUUCCUCUUUAGAUUUGGAAGAAACCAACCUAGUGCUCAUGUCUCUGUUUAACCUAUGCAAACAUAGUUUACAUGCCCAGGUGUCUGUGGGACCCUUUGUGGAUACUUAAAAAAGACAUCUGGCUUUAGUUUUACAGGACAUUGGAAAGAUAGGAUAAAUUAUAAAUUAAGUUCUAUAACAUGAAUUUCAUUCAUCUCUGCAUAUUAAUGGAUGAAUUUAAGAAAGACAAAUUAGAUAUGGUCCUGUUCAAAGCAGAUAUGUUUCCCCGGUUUUGUAAAUUUGAGCACUAGACUGACUUAACACAAUAGCCACACAUGAUACACUCUUGGAUUGUGGUCCACAUAAAAUCUAGGCAAAAGCAGCCCUUUGGUUAUUCUUGCUCAGAAGCACACAUUCCUGUCAACAGCACUGUCUUGAGAAUUGUCAGGAAAAAAAUGUCAGGUUUCAUAUAUGUUAACUGAGUACUGUUAGAAACAGGUGUGCUGGUUUACACAGUCUGGAGGGUAAGAAAUCUGGAGAAAACAACACAAUCUUCCUGUAUGUAGAUUUGUUACAUCCAUUUCUAUAAAGUAGGAAUAAUGUGUUGCAUGCAGCUCUAUUUUCUUUUGUAUGUUUUUUCUUUGCAAUCUACUUUUCAAGCAUGCUUGAUUUAGGAGAACAUAAAGGGCUAUUUACAAUACUAUAUCCAUGUUUCAAAUAGGAUAGUAAUAUUGCCUAGUUAGAAAUACUGCAUUACUUAAAAGGCACAGAUAUUUAAGGGUAUUUUUAUCAGCAACAUAAUCAGUAAAAGUCUUCAAAUAAUAAAUGAUAACCAAGAAUGCGAUUUUAUGAGGGAAUGCCACUGAUAAUUUGUCAUACAAUUUCUAAAAAGGGCUCUAUGCUUCUCACAUAAUAUUGGGACUAUGUAUAUUGAAUCUUUGUAAAGCAUUUGAGAGAUACUGGUAUUUUUUAAAGUGUUCUAUAUAUUAUUCUUGAUACCCUUUUGAGAAUAUGGAGAUAAAGAUUUGUUUCUCCAAAUUUUUAAAUUGCCUUGAACAUUGAAUGUUUACACCUAGCUGUACAAGGAAAAUAACCUACUCUGCAUACAAAUUGACUUUUUAUUGAAAUGUAUCACUUAUUGAAUGAAUCACAAAACUAAGAUUCCAAAAAGUCUUAAAUUACUGUGUAAAAUUGCCCUUUUCAUGAUGAACUGUGCUUUAUCAUUCUGAAAACUCAGGCUAUAGCUUCUUCAUAUCAUUGUUAAUCUCCCACUAAGGAUAAAUGCUAAAAGUUUUGUGUCUACAAGUGUAAAUUAGAUAAAACAAAUACUAUGUUUUGGAAAAAGGUAAAACUAGUUUGUAGAUUAAGAAUGAGAAAUUGGGGACUGGGGAGAGAUGGCUCAGUAGAAUAAGUGCUUCCCUGGCAAGCACAAGGGCCUGAGUUCAAUCCCUGGUUCUGCCAAAAAAAAAAAAAAGAAUGAGAAAUUGGAGUGUUUAAAGGUAAAAGCGUGUGUUUUACAGAUUUUUUUUUUUUUUAAUGUGCAUAGGUUUUUCUCAUAAAAAUGCCAGACACUUUGGGUUUUGGUGGUUUAUUUAUAUACAUUAGUUUUAUUUUUACUUUGCGUGGAAUGUCCACAAAUUUAAAUUGUAUUUAUUUUUGUACUUUAAUUUUCACAGGUUUUGCUUCUAGACAAAUGGCAAAAUAAACUUUUUUUGAAGUCCCACCAAAGGUAUAUUCCAUUUUCUCAUUUGGAACCUUUUAACAGAGCUGAGUGUGACAUUUGGGUUUGCAUGACUCACACUGUUGAAAAGAUGGAAAUGUCUUUGUCUAUGAGGAGCUGCAUACUGAAAAAAGGCGGUGGGAGGCCUAGGGAGAGGGCAGUGCUCUAAGGCUCAAGCUCACAGCAAAGCAGGCAAUUCACACAGCUUCACUAACACUGAGCUUGUAACUCCCACACCUCUCCUGUGGUGUGAGAGCAGGAAAAGCCUCCUCCAUGCCACAGCCUCUUGCUGAGGUCUCAUCCGGUCAUCUGAAGAGCUGUGGGGGUAGAGCCUCUCUCUCCCCUUCUGCUGCCCCUUUAACAUAGAUGUUCUUCCUAUGAUGGAAACAGUGGAAAUAACCAGAAGGUACUGCUCCUGAGCUCAAGAUGGAAGACCUCAUUCUUUUCUCAUUGACAUGAAGGCCACCAUAUGUGUGAAUGAAACAUGAGUUAUAACAACUACAUGAGCAAAUAGGUUUGAAAUUCUUCAGAAGUAACAGACCAUAAUGGCAUAUGUGUAGGUUUGAAAAAAAUUGUAAAAUCUCAUAGCUGGACACAGUGGCACAGGCCAUUUGUUAUCCCAGUACUCUAGGGAGGCUGAGGCAUGAGGAAGGCAAGACCCUGGGUUCAAUGCACAGUUCAGCAAAGAAGCAGAACCCCAGUGACCUUGGGUCUGAUGCAGCAAAAUCACAUCCUUGUUCACAAUCUAACAGCUGCUCGAAGGCAAAGGUCAUGUCUAACUGUUUG